UGCCGGGAAGGGAGUGAGGCUAAACGAACAUGGCUGAAGGCGUCCGACUCGGCCCGAGUUGCAGCUGGUUGGAUGCUAGGCAGGAGGAGUCCGUGUGCACUCGCGGCGGUGGCAGCAACUUGCCGGAGUACGAGCUCCCCGAGUUCAAUACACGCGCUUUCCACGUGGGUUCCUUCGGGGAGCUGUGGCGGAGUCGGCUGCGCGGGGCCGGGGACCUGGCUCUGGUGGAGUCGCCCGGGGCCACUCCGUCCGGGUGUGCGAAGGACUCGGAGGACGCCGCGGUGGCCCGAGAUCUGGGCUGCAGCUUGGAAACGGCCGCCGAGCUCAGGGCGGUGUGCGGCGUUGAUAAACUGAAGUGCCUCAAGGAAGGGGAGGAUCCAGAAAAUAUCCCAGAAGAUAACAAUCUUGUGACUUUGGGAAUUAGGAAGAGAUAUCUGAAACAACGUGAAGAAACCAUAACAAUAGAUCGAGUCUGCAGACAAGAAACAUUUGCUUAUGAGAUGGAGUCACAUGCCAGGGGGAAAAGGCCUGAAAAUCCAGAGGACAUGGUUGAAGAAGGAGAGCUUAUACUGUCAGUGAAUAUCUUGUACCCUGUUAUUUUUCAUAAGCACAAAGAACAGAAACCCUACCAAACCAUAUUGGUAUUGGGUAGUCAAAAGCUCACGGAACUGAGGGAUUCUUUCUGCUGUGUCAGUGACCUCCAGAUUGGUGGGGAAUUCAGCAAUACUCCUGACCAGGCCCCAGAGCACAUCAGCAAAGACCUGUACAAAUCAGCCUUCUUUUAUUUUGAAGGAACUUUUUACAAUGAUAAACGAUACCCUGAAUGCAGAGAUUUAAGCAGAACUAUAAUUGAGUGGUCAGAGUCCCAUGACCGAGGCUAUGGGAAGUUUCAGACUGCUAACAUGGAAGAGUUCACCUUCAAUGACUUGUAUAUCAAACUGGGUUUCCCUUACUUGUACUGCCAUCAGGGAGACUGUGAGCAUGUUGUCAUCAUUACUGAUAUAAGGUUUGCUCAUCAUGACGACUGUUUGGAUAGGAAACUUUAUCCCCUUCUAAUCAAGAAACACUGGCUUUGGACCAGAAAAUGUUUUGUUUGUAAACUAUAUACAGCCAGAUGGGUGACAAAUAAUGACAGUUUUGCACCAGAGGACCCAUGUUUCUUUUGUGAUGUUUGCUUCCGAAUGCUGCAUUAUGACUCAGAAGGCAACAAACUGGGGGAAUUUCUUGCUUAUCCUUACAUUGAUCCUGGAACCUUUAAUUAAUAGCACCAAAGUAUUAUUCUUUUGCAAGCACUGAAGCACCAUUGAGGAAUAGGAUGCACCUGAAACAGUUACCCUAGGGAAAAAUUCAAAGCAAUACUCUUAUACAGUAACUUGAUUGUAUUUGCAUGCUUAGAAAGAUAUUAAAUUUAGUAUUUA